AAAGAGCUUUGUGUGUUUUUGAAAAAUAAAUAUUUCAUUAAAGAUAACCAUUGCUCUCGACAUUUUUUCGUAACCUCCCUAGCACCUGGAAUCAACAGUCCACUCAUUAUGUAAAUGUCUAAAUGUAAAUGUAUUUGUUACAGUCAGUAAGUUCUCAAGUCUAUUAUUAAUGGAAUUGAGAACUAAAACCUUUAUCAAAGUCAUGAGAAGUCAUGUAAAAUCUAUGUGAAAACUGAUAUGAGACAUUUAAAUGUGCACAUCGUUUCUUCUACUGGCAUAACCACACCUCACACCUGGUGUCUGUCAUGCACCGUUGCUCUUGGCAGUGUUUCACUUCUGUAUUUUGGUACUUUUUUGGGACCUGGGUGUUACUCAAUGCUUCCGCUUGCUGCUUGCCCUGAUCACUCUGCCCUGUCAUUCUGCAACAUCUGUGCAACAGACUUCAAGCCUCGUCUCCACCUGACUGUAAGACACCAGACCAUGUAAAAGUACAACUCUGCCACCUAGCCUUAUAUGAAUAUAAUACACUUAGAUAUGAGAAAACGCAGUUGGUAACUUGACUAAAAAGGUAUGUAUAUCAUAAAAGACUAAAUCAUCUUAUAUUUGAAAAUUGUCCACAGCUAACUUUUAGAAUGAGGCAAGUAAUGGAUAUUUUCUCUAUCUCAGAGCAGCGGAUUGUCCCUCCAAAUAUCACACUACACCCUUUGUGGGAAGGUGAAUGUGGGGCCUCACCAGUCAGACUCAUCUGCACCCUAAGUGGCUACUUUCCUGACGGACUGAAAGUGGAGUGGAAGCAGGACAACGCACAUCUAAGUAAUGUGGGUACCCAGAAGGUGUUGCAGAGUGUGGAAGGAGUGAAGAAAACCUUCAGUUUAAGCAGCGAGAUUGUGCCGAAUAUCAAAGAGUGGGCAGGUGGCUCAAUUUAUACAUGCAAGUCCGUUCAAAACAAUAAGGAAUUUAUAAAAACAACAAGUAUUUGUCAACUCCAUGCAAGUGCCCCUCCCUCCAUUCAUGUGGAGAUCCCCAGCUUCAAGACUGUAAUGAUGGCAGGAUCCACGGUGAACGCUACCUGUUUGGUCCACACUAUGUUUGAAGCCAAUGUGACCUGGCUGAUGGAUGGUGAAGAGACAGAAAGUAGUUCAGUGCAGAGUAACACAACUCAUAUUCUCAGUGAAGUGACGCUGACCUCAAGUCAAUGGAAACAACUUGUCUUUCUGACAUGUAAAGCUGACCAUAAGUGCUUCUCAUCCACUGAGAAGACUGUGAAUGUUGCAGGGCCUGCAGUUACAGCUCCAUUGGUUGGAAUCAGGAGAUCUCUAAAGGAUUUGCUGGAAGGAAAUAGUGCUGUGCUGAAGUGUGACGUCACAAAGCUCUCAUCACAUGACCUGUACGUCACUUUUCAGACCAACGGUGUUGACAUUCCUGGCCAACAGUAUGUCAAUCUUCCUCAAGCCCCAGGCCUCCAUUCAAUCAGUACAAGUUUCUCUGUCCCUAAAAGUUCCUGGAAUCAAAAUGCAAGUUUCACCUGCAAAGUGAACCAAGGCUUCUCCAACAGCUCUGAAUCAAACUCCACUGGCAAUAUUUUUGUGGAGCCAUCAGUGGAACUUCUUCUGGCCCCCAGUGAAGAAUCAGGACCCCAGAGACUCUUGUGCUCUGGAUCGGGCUUCGACCCACAAAUCAAAUGGUCUUCUGAGUCUCAGCAAAGAUCUCCAUCAACUAAUGAAAUCAGCAUGGAUGCAGAUGGACGUGUGGCGGUAACCAGUCAACUUCAUAUCCCUCAAUCAGAGUGGAGCACAGGGAAGGUCUUCACUUGUGAAGUUUAUGACAAGUCUCUGAACAAAUCUCAGAGAAAGGACAUCAGUGUCUGCUCAGCUUGUUCAAGUGCCCCUCCCUCCAUCCAUGUGGAGAUCCCCAGCUUCAAGACUGUAAUGAUGGCAGGAUCCACGGUGAAUGCUACAUGUUUGGUCCACACUAUGUUUAAAGCCAAUGUGACCUGGCUGAUGGAUGGUGAAGUGACAGAAAGUAGUUCAGUGCAGAGUAACACAACUCAUAUUCUCAGUGAAGUGACGCUGACCUCAAGUCGAUGGAAACAACUUGUCUUUCUGACAUGUAAAGCUGACCAUAAGUGCUUCUCAUCCACUGAGAAGACUGUGAAUGUUGCAGGGCCUGCAGUUACAGCUCCAUUGGUUGGAAUCAGGAGAUCUCUAAAGGAUUUGCUGGAAGGAAAUAGUGCUGUGCUGAAGUGUGACGUCACAAAGCUCUCAUCACAUGACCUGUACGUCACUUUUCAGACCAACGGUGUUGACAUUCCUGGCCAACAGUAUGUCGAUCUUCCUCAAGCCCCAGGCCUCCAUUCAAUCAGUACAAGUUUCUCUGUCCCUAAAAGUUCCUGGAAUCAAAAUGCAAGUUUCACCUGCAAAGUGAACCAAGGCUUCUCCAACAGCUCUGAAUCAAACUCCACUGGCAAUAUUUUUGUGGAGCCAUCAGUGGAACUUCUUCUGGCCCCCAGUGAAGAAUCAGGACCCAAGAGACUCUUGUGCUCUGGAUCGGGCUUCGACCCACAAAUCAAAUGGUCUUCUGAGUCUCAGCAAAGAUUUCCAUCAACUAAUGAAAUCAGCAUGGAUGCAGAUGGACGUGUGGCGGUAACCAGUCAGCUUCAUAUCCCUCAAUCAGAGUGGAGCACAGGGAAGGUCUUCACUUGUGAAAUUUAUGACAAGUCUGUGGAAAAAACUGUGAGACAGAACAUCAGCAUCUGCUCAGUAACUCCAGCAUCAUCUACGACAGUUGGUGUGUAUGUUCAGGGACCACCACUCCAGGAGCUUAUGAAUAAGAGACGGGUGAAUAUCACCUGUCUUCUGGUCGGCCCGUCUCUUAGUGAUUUCUCUGUCAAAUGGAAAGUAGGUGACAAUAAUUCCCUGAAUGCCCUUAAGGAGCCACCAGUGAGUCACAGCAAUGGGACAGAGACUUUGUGGAGCUCCCUGAUUGUGUCGGUGGAGGAUUGGCAUGCAUAUAAACAUGUGUCUUGUGAGGCAAAGCACCGAUGUUCCAACAAGGGCUACGUGGAUCAUAUAAGCAAAAGCAGAGACAUGUACCAACCAUCAGUGAAGAUAAUACAACCGACUACCUCUGAACUGUCUACAUCAGACGUCAACACACUAAUUUGCGAAGUUUCUGGAUUUUUCCCGGCCAACAUCAUAGUGAACUGGAAAGAGAAUGGCCAGGAACUCCCCUCUACUCGUUACGCCAACAGUCCUGCAUGGAAGUACUCCGGGAGCAGCACUUAUUCAAUGAGCAGCAGACUAAACCUUUCAAAAACUGACGACAAUGAGUCUGCGUAUUCUUGUGUUGUUACGCACGAGUCAUCUGAAAAGCCUUUUGAAAGCACUAUGAAGGAUGUUUUCGCCACAGUGACAUACAGCAAACCUUCGGCCACCAUUCUCCAGGGCUCUGGUGAACUUGUUUGCUUGGUCUUUGGCUACAGUCCAGCGUCCAUACACAUCACUUGGUUCCUCGACGACACCAGGGAACUGUUGCACUACAACACUAGUGAACCCCACAGAGGCCCAAAGGGAACGUUCAGCAUCCAAAGCCACCUUAGUCUGUCUCAAGUCAUCUGGUUCCCUGGGGCCAACAUCACCUGCAGGGUGACGCAUGCAAACACCAGCAUAUCCCUGAAUUCAUCAAAACCAGACAACUUGGAGGACUGUAAUUUUCUAGAUGACAUCCUGCAUGCAGAUGUGAACCAAGAAACCGGUGUUGAAGGCUGGUAUUUGGCUUUCACUUUUCUCCCGUUAUUCCUCAUCUCCUUCAUCUAUGGUGUCUUUGUUACCAUGUUUAAGACUAAAUGAUGAUACCAUUUUAUGAUCCAAAUGUGGACUCUUGAGGAUUUUUAAAUUGCAUGUGGCAUACAAUGUUAAAGUGUCAUGGAUUUUCAUUUUUAAAUAUCUAUUGUUAGAAAACUGUUCUAUACUAUAUUCCUUUUGUUCUUUAUACGUUUCAUUCUGUAUUUGGUGUGGACACACUAUUGCAUUUUUAAAAUAAACAAUAACAUUUGAAAAACA